UAGUAACUGUAGCCUUCUACAGGCACAAAUUCACGACCUGGUAACUGGGUAACUGGUAGUCAAUGACAAUGAGUACAGUUUGUGAUUUCUGAUGGCGGUAUUGUUGACGUUUACUGCUCAUCAUAGCUAGAAACAGUUUUACAAAUACAAAGUUGAAUACUAAAUAUUCAUUGUCAGGCAGUAAAACUCAAAAUAUAUCAUGAUUUCGACUCGUAUUCUAUAUAUUCCAGUUAUAACUGCUUUCUUUUACUGGAAUAAUUUGUUAUGGUGCUAUGUUUUUUGUUUACUAACCAUAUCCUGUUUCUUUAUGGGAUGUUUAAUUGUACUGUUUAUAAACAUUGCACUUUCACCGAAACACCAAACUGGUGCAGGUACCAUAAAAACAGUUGCAGAAAUGGAUGCAUUUCAUAAUUUAUUAAUGAAAGGAUACAUGGUUAAAACUUCAAAUAAUAAAAGACAUAUGCGUUAUCCAUUAGUGUUCACUCGCAUGGUGGAUGGAGCACUGCAAAACUUGUUGGAUUUAGUUUUUCAAGAUUUUGUUGGUUUGUGGUUAAGCGAAUUGGCUUUCAACUCUGAUCAAAUAAUAGAUAACAUGAAACAAGACAUAUGGGGAGCAAUUCAAAGUCUCCACGAACGUUUAUCAAAAGUGGAUCACACAAAACUGGUUGCUUGUAAUAUAGUGAAUAAAAUCACUUUUCAUUUUGAAAAAAUUAGGAUUGCUCAAACUGCUUCGUCAGAAGGUGAAGAUCCAGUAUUUAUUUUAUCAGCGCAUUUAAUGUCAUCUACAUCUGAGUUAGAUUAUUUAAGAAAAGUUAGCGAAUUGUAUAUUUUAUUUUUGUUACCGCACUGUUAUUCGCUCGCGCCGAUCAAGUAUUUAUUGAGAGAAAUUCUUGCAUGUAAAAUAUUGAAACCAGCAAUAGACUUAAUAACAGAUCCUGAUUAUAUCAAUCAAAAGAUCUUAAUGUAUAUUGAUCAGCAACAAUUAACGGAAGCAAUGCAUAGGAAAACGUAUGAAUACGCAGAAUCGUUUGAAGAUUUUAUCCGUAUGAUCAAAAGUUCCAAAGAUUUAGAAGUACUUAAACAUAUCAGAUACAAUAUCGUUACGGAGAUUAUGCAAGCUACAACAAUACAAAAUGUUAAAAGAGCGCAAGGUUUAGAUCCAGACAAUAAUGCAUUCGGAAAAUCUGAUGUGAUUCAAGCUCGAAAAUUGAAGAGGUACAUCAGCCAACUAACAUACGCUAAAAAUAUGUGUGAAUGUCAUAUGCAAUCGUUAGGAUGGAAUGGAUAUCCUGUUCAGGCCAGCGACGUUACUGACUCAGCGGUGAUUACAGAAGAAAAGAUUUUACCGCUACAGUAUAUUUUAGAUAAUGUAAUAGGUCGACGAUACCUAUCACAAUUUCUUGAACAAGUUGCUAGUCAAGAUUUAAUUGGAUAUUGGGCAGCUGUACAGGAGCUGCGCAAUGCGGAUAAAUCCAAUUGGCAUCAAUUAGGAACAGAAAUCUUUUAUACUUAUAUUACCUCGCCUACUGCUGAAAUAAAGGUUGAUAGAGUUAUUCGCAAGAAGAUGGAAAGUUUUCUGUUAGGUGACAUAGGACCUCAUGUGUUUUAUGAAGUUCAAGAUAACGUUGUCAAAACUUUGGAGGAAAAAUAUUAUCCGUCUUUUGUCGUUAGUGAACAGUAUAAAAAUAUGCAAGAAGCAUUACUUAAUGAAAGAACAGAUGAUUUAACAGAAGAUCAUCGUAUAGUAAAUGGAUCUUUAUCUGAAAAUAUAUCUUUGCUUGUUGGAGAACAUUCAAACUAUGCUCGUAGUAAGUUGGAUCAGCUACAAGAAAAAUUAAAUAACAAAAUGCAAGCUUUGCAAGCGCUUAAGUCUUCGUUGAAACCUGAAUGUAAGGUUUUAAAUUUCUUGGCUAAGGAAGUUGAAUGGUUGCAAAGUGAAAAAAGACAACUAGAGGCACAUUUAACGCACACUGAAAUGUGGGCAGAACAUUUGGGUCAUUGGAGAGCAGAAGUACAAAGUGCAGAAAUGCCAGAUAAUGGAGAAUCCCCACACUUUGUCUUGGUUGUUCAUAUGGCAGAAGAUGAGGAUAAUACGGAAGGCAUAUGUAGCGGUUGGGUAGUGUUACGAAAAUUACAAGAUUUUCAAGUUCUUCACAGAAAGCUUCGUCAACUAUGCUCCAAUGUAAAAACCUUAGAAUUGCCAUCGCAACCAUUGAAAUUCUUUGGAAAAUCCGAUAAAAAUACUUUGGACAAAGCCAAGAUACAGAUACAGAAAUAUUUAAAUUUUAUUUUAGAGGAUGAGAAACUGAAUCAAAGCGAGGCUUUAUAUACAUUUCUUAGUCCGAGUUCUGAACAUCUGAAAUAUGCUCCGCCUUCUCCUAAAAAAUCUCGUUUUUCAUUAUCGACAUUAUUCAAAACAUCUAGCAAUGAACUUCGUGACAAAGAAGACGAAGAAGAUUAUUCAUUAUUGUUAGACGAUACUGACAGUGGUCGAACAGUAACGGAUGGAUUUAUGCAUGUUAAUAAAGAUGCGAUAGCAGAACCUCUUUAUGCACUUUUGGGUGAAAUUUUUGAUUUACGGGGAGUGUUCCGCUGGCUUCGACGUUCUUUAAUCACAUUCGUUCAGAUUACUUAUGGGCGAACCAUUAAUAGACAAAUCAGAGAUACGAUUGCAUGGGUAUUCUCAGAGCCAAUGUUACAUUAUUACAUACAGUUAUUUACAAAAUCUUGGUGGCCAAAUGGUCAUCUAGUAUCAGAGACAGUUAUUCGUACAGACGAGGAGAAAUUAAAAACCCGAGGCGAAGCUCGACGACAAUUUCUCAAUAACAUACCUGAGGUUUUAACAAAUUUGGUGGGAGCGCAAAGUGCUCAACGUGGUGCAAUUAAAAUCUUUGAUUCUUUACAAAAUACUAAUUUAAACAAACAAUUAUUUUAUGAUAUCUUUGAAGUUGUGACGUAUGAGGUAUUUCCAGAAAUACAGCGGAACCAUUAAACUUGUGGAUGCAAUAAAUUUUCAUUCCAUAACAUAAUUGUUUUAAAACAUUUAACUGAUCAUUCCAUACAUUUUGAAUCGAUGCAUAAGAAGUUAUGUAUGUAAAUCACAAAGAAUUAACUUGAAUAAGUUUUAUUGUUACCGACAUUUAUUUAUUUAUUUUUUUUUUGUUUUGUUUGAACACAUAGCAUAAUUGUUAAUAAUGAAAAAUUUGUAAUUUAUAUUUAUUUAGCGUUUCAAUGUCUAUCUACAGAUCAUGGAACAUUUUGGAUUUUUAACUAGGUAUUACGAUAAACUUAUUUUUAUAGAAAACAUAAUAUAUUAAUUAUUUUACACAUCUUUAUUUCAGUAUGUCUUAAAUAUCUUCAUAGAAUGUAUACAUAAUAUAAACAACUUUUUAUGUUUUUUUUUUCAUGCACUUAAAAAAUCCGAAGAUAAUUCUAUGAAACAUGACUGAGGUACAGUGAACAUAAAUUUUGUACAAAUAAAGUCAUCUCAUAAGUUAUACUAUUUUAAUGUUUAGAUUAUUUAGGAUUUUGUUAUAUAUAAAAGGAAAAUUUUAAUAUAAAAAAUAUAUUUUCAAAAAAGGUAGGUAAUAAUAUGUAUUGUCAUUUAUAAGAAAUCAAUAUUAUUAUAAUAUAAUUCGUUUUAGAACAAACUAUUAGAUGAUUAAAUAUAAAAAUGACCGUUUAUAUCGAAAUAAUUCUUAACAUAUUAACAACUAAUAACUAUCUGAAGUUAUCAUUCAUACUUUCUUAAUUUGAGUGUAAGAAUGACGUUACUUAUGCGAUGACUUAACAUUUUAUAAUUAUUUAAAACACAAUUCAAAGAUAUAGAUUCCUUAAAUACAGCUGAAGAAGGGACUAGCUUUUACGCUACUUAAUAGUAUUAUCCUAAUAUGAGAAUAUUAGUUAUUCUCUUUCCAUUAACUAUAAAUCAUUUAUUAUUUUUAAUUUGCAUAUUUCUUGUAUAAAGCACGUAAUAAUUAUUAUUUAUUAUUCA